AUGAAUUUGUGUGCGUCGAUUGACUUGACUCUUCCACGGGAUCGAGGUUUAUUUGCAACCCACGACAACCACAGCUCUCCAGUCAUCGGCUCAAGAUCGUCUGUCGUCGGCUGCGGAAAACGCAAGAUCUGGCUCGACCCCAACGAAGUCAAUGAAAUCUCCAAUGCCAAUUCGCGACAGACAAUCCGAAAAUUGGUCAGCGAUGGGCUCAUCAUCCGCAAGCCGGUGGCCAUGCAUUCGAGGGCUCGUGCAAGGGAGCUGAAUGCGGCUCGAAGAAUUGGCAGACACCGAGGAUUCGGUAAGAGAAAGGGUACGAAGGAUGCUAGGAUGCCUAGCCAGGUUCUAUGGAUGAGACGCUUGCGUGUCCUCCGACGUCUUCUCGUCAAGUACCGUGCGGCCGGCAAGAUUGACAAGCACCUCUAUCAUGAGCUCUACCAGUUGAGCAAGGGUAACACUUUCAAGCACAAGCGUGCUUUGGUCGAACACAUCCACAAGGCAAAGGCUGAGAAACAACGUGAGAGAAUCCUCAAGGAGGAGAUGGAUGCCAAACGUGCCAAGACCAAGGCCGCUCGUGAAAGAAGACAGGAACGCAUUCAGACCAAGAGAAAUGCCCUUGCCGGCGAAGCCGAGGAGGAGGCCAAGCAAGAGUAG